AAACUCAACUACCCCAUAAUACUCACUUCUUUUCCCCUUCUCUCUCUCUCUCUCUCUCAAACACACACUUUAUUGUGUUAUGUAUGUAUGUUAUUGAUAGAAUAGCGGACCCCACAUGCCAAAGCAGACACUACACUCCACAGCAGCAGCCAGCAAGCAAUGUAGUGAAAAAUGUGAAAUCCACACCUAUCUAUCUAUCUAUCUAUCUUUCUUCAUUCUUCAAUGCGGUUCUAUCUUUUUGGUAGUUUUAAGGAACACCACUAAUAAUAUUGCCUCACCUGCUCCUGUUCAUGUUACCAGUUACUACUGUUUCCAUUCUAUUAUUUUCAUUUUUUUCAGGAGGAUCCAUAUUUCAUUCUUUUGCUCUCAAAAGCUGCUCUCUCUUAUCACUUAUCACUUAACACGUAGACACAGAGGAAAAAAAAAAGGGUGAAGGUGAAUAAUAUUGCAUGAUAUGGGUUGGUUAUCCAAGUUGCUUAAGGGCUCUAACCAUAGAACUUCAAGAGGGCAAUACCAUGGCAAAUAUGGAGAGGACAGAAUUUGGGAUAACCAUCAUGCUUCAGUGGAUGAUUUGAACGAUGUUGAGAAAGAGGACAUUGAUUGUGCAAUUGCACUCUCUCUGUCAGAGCAGGAUCAGAAAGGAAAAAGUGUUGUUGUCUAUGAUAUCGCAGAGGACGACUCUCAAUCCGAAGAAGAUGAACAACUUUGUAAAGUUGAUGAUGAGGAAGAUGAGCAUACUUGUACAGUUCAACAACAAGAAGAAGAACAUCUUGAUAAGGUUCGGCUGGAUGAAGAUGAUGAACAUCUUUCUAAAGAUCAACUUGAGGAAGAUGAGCAACUUGCCAGGGCAAUCCAAGAAAGUUUGAAAAUUGAUUCUCCUCCUAGUCCUAGAUAUGAGAAUGAUUCUAUUUUCCAACCUUUAUCAAACCUCUUUCCACCAGGAUACAGAAUCUGUGCUGGAUGCAAAGCUGAAAUUGGGCAUGGAAGAUUUUUAAGUUGCAUGGGAGCUGUUUGGCAUCCACAAUGUUUUCGCUGCAAUGCUUGCAAUCUUCCAAUAACAGAUUAUGAGUUUUCCAUGUCUAGCAAUUGCCCCUACCAUAAAUCUUGCUACAGGGAGCAACACCACCCAAGAUGUGAUGUUUGCAAUAACUUUAUUCCAACUAAUUCAGCUGGUCUCAUUGAGUAUAGAGCUCAUCCUUUCUGGCUACAAAAAUACUGUCCAUCGCAUGAUCGAGAUGGAACUCCUCGGUGUUGUAGCUGCGAAAGAAUGGAGCCAAGGGAUACAAAGUAUCUUUUGCUUGAUGAUGGUAGAAAGCUAUGUUUAGAGUGUCUGGACUCAUCAAUCAUGGAUACUCAUGAAUGCCAACCUCUCUACCUUGAAAUACAAGAGUUCUAUGAAGGUUUAAACAUGAAAGUUGAGCAGCAAGUUCCUAUGCUUCUGGUUGAGAGACAAGCACUGAAUGAGGCCAUGGAGGGAGAAAAGAAUGGUCAUCACCACUUGCCUGAAACUAGAGGACUGUGUUUGUCAGAAGAGCAAACUGUCACCUCGAUUUCAAGGAGACCAAAGAUAGGAGCAGGCCAUCGAGUCGUGGAUAUGGUAACAGAGCCUUUUAGGCUGAUCCGUCGAUGUGAAGUGACAGCCAUUCUUGUGUUGUAUGGCCUUCCUAGGUUGUUGACAGGAUCAAUCCUGGCUCAUGAGAUGAUGCAUGCAUGGCUCAGGCUUAAAGGUUAUCCCAAUCUGAGUCCAGAGGUUGAAGAAGGAAUUUGCCAAGUCUUGGCUCAUAUGUGGUUAGAUUCAGAAAUAUAUUCUGCAUCCGGUAGUGAUUGUUCAUCUUCGUCUUCAUCAUCGCCUUCCUCCUCCUCCUC